AUAAAAAUGAAAGAAUAGAUACUUAUUGGAAUAGCAUCUUUAACCUCCAGAGUUAUGUAGAUCAUCAGAGUCCCAAGUACGAGGUCUGUUCAAAAAGUAUCGCGAAUUUUGAAUUUCCGCGGGCUACGUAUAUUCGAUUUUCGAUUUUUUUGUGGCGUUAUGUUGGUACUCAUGUCCCUCACUUAUGCUGACAAGUUCGGCCAUUUUGAAUGUUCAAUUAAUUUUUGACAGCUAUUUUGCUUAGACGUGUUUUGGCUCGUCUUCGAUUUUUGCCUAUUCCAAGAAAUGGAUCAAAGAAUAUGUAUCAAAUUUUGUGUGAAAAACAAAAUUAAGUGCGCGGACACAUUCCGAAUGUUGACUGUAGCAUAUGGUGAAGCUACCUUGAACCAAAGCAACGUUUAUUGGUGGUACAAAAUGUUCUCAGAGGGCCGAGAAGAUGUGAACGACGAAGAGCGUGCCGGACGCCCGAGCACGUCAAUAACAGACGAAAACAUUGAUGAAGUGAAGAAAAUAGUAUUGGCCAAUCGUCGAAUCACCGUUAGAGAAGUUGCUGAGGACCUAAACAUAUCGAUUGGCUCGUGCCAUUCGAUUUUUACCAAUGAUUUGGGCAUGAGACGGGUCGCCGCGAAAUUCGUACCAAAAUUGCUCACUUUCGACCAAAAAUCAUCGUUGCUUGUGCGCGAAUUUUUGGCCAAAAACAACACACUAAUGAUGCCGCAGCCACC